AUGGCUCCAGCAACGAUAAUUGAAACAGAACCGUCGUCUCUCUUCCCCCACGGAGGGUGGGACACCCAUCACCAUAUUUUCGACCCCGAAACGUUCCCCUAUAGCCCGAACCGACAUCUCACGCCGCCCGCUGCCACAGUCCAGGACUUUGAUGAUUUCAGGAAGAAAUUGGGAAUUACGAAAUCAGUUCUCACCCAUGGAUUGUCAUAUGGAGAUGAUUGCACUUCGCUAAAAGCCUUUGUCCCACAGCUGGGCAAAAAGGUGACCAAGGCGAUUGGUGUCAUUGACCCCGAGGAGACGAGCGAUGAGGAAAUCUACGCCAUGCAUGCCGCUGGAACCCGAGGGAUUAGAGUGAAUCUCUAUCGAUACAGCGCCAUGGAGGAUGUAAGUCUUCAAAAGAAGGCACUCGCGGCCCAUUUGAGGAGAAUCACCAGCCUCUCACUCCCAUGGAGUCUCACGAUGACCACGAUCCGGACCGAGUUUUGGUCUGAGUUGGAGCCUUUCGUUCGGGAGAAUGUGGUCAAGGAGGGUGUAUCAUUGAUCACCGAUCACUUUGCCCUCCUCAAGGCCCCGAGCAUGUUACCGCUUGAGUUCAAGGAUGACCCCACCAAACAGCCUGGCUUCGAGCCCAUAAUGAGACUCGUGCGCAGCGGCCAUCUGUGGGUAAAAUUGAGUGCUCCAUAUCGGGUGAGCGAGUUGAAACCCGGGUAUGAAGACCUCGAAUUUCUCGUCCGAGCAUUCGUCGACGCCAACAAACAUCGCGUUUUGUGGGGUAGCGAUUGGCCUCAUACUCCGCGCAUGAAAGUCCGUACUCAUGAUGAAGCAAUGAGAGAGACGCCCAAUAUGGAUGUCGACGACGAGGCAUGGCUACGAAGCUUGAGGCUUUGGCUGUCUGACGAGGAAUGGGAUUUGUUAAUGGUUCAGAAUCCUAGCCAGCUAUUCGGCAACUAA